AUGGCUGAAGGAGGACGUUCUCCCACCGAACUUGUCGAAGAUGAUGAAGACAUCUCGGAUGCCGAGUUGUUGGUGCCAGGGAGCGGAGCUGCGGGUGAUCCUUCAGGUGCCGUACCUCUUGCCAUGAAUGUGGAUGAGACCUCAGCCACGGCGGGUGGAACGGGAGGUAGCCCGGGUCGUCCCAAACGUGCUCGUGAUCCAGAGGGUGGUGCUCGCUCUGGUAGAAGGGGCGGUAAUCAUCCUGACGUUUCCCCUGAAGCUGAUCGGCCCGUUAGCUCUCGUGAACUUCGCUCUCUGCUUCAGCAACAUCUUCAGUCUAUGACAGCCAACUGGCAGGAGGUCAAUGGACGUAUCACUGCAGUUGAGAAGGAUGUGAAGGCCUGCUCUGCUGAGACACGUGGUCGUAUCGCAGCCAUGGAAAAGGAUGUUGUCAACUCCAAGAAAGAGAGAGAUGCCGUUUUUGGUCGCCUUGCACAAAAUGAGCGCAAGCAGGGUGAUCAUGCAAAUCGCCUUGAGAAACUUGAGAAGGAGGUUGGGGAAAUGCGCGCUGCAAGUUCGGGAUCUCCUGAGGGUGCACAACCUGAUCCUUGGAUGGCUUGGCGUAUGCGUAAUGGGCCCCUUCCUCCUAAAGGUUCUGUGCCUGCUGCACCUAGUGGUGGGGUGUCGACUGCUGGGGGUGAUGCAACUGGACUGGGUCGUGAGGAGCUCAGCGACGAGGACAAACGCACCUUGGUUCUUGGAGGCUGGGCGCAAGAUUCUCGAAGGCAAGUCAUCCUUGAAGAGGCGUCCACAUUUCUCAAGCGAGCGGAUGUUUGUGACUUGGUGGAUACUCAGGAUGUCUUGGUGUUUGGUCCUCGGCGAUCUUUCGGCCUCCUUCGCUUCCAGGUCAGGCAGGGUGAACAGUUCUCGGGUGUCCGUGAUAGGAUGUGGAAAGUCAUUCAAGCUCUCCGUGCUGAACCGCACCGCUUAAUGUCGGCAUCUUCGGAGGGGCGUCCUAUGUGGGCCCAGUUUACGAAGACCCGUGAGGCUCGCCGCAGAAGCUCACAUGGUGCUAUGCUGCGGAGGGUGUGCCUUGGACUUGUCAAGGAUGCUGCGCUCAACAAGGAGUCCCAUAAUGUCGCUGCCUUGGAAGAUGGGGCGUACGACGUGGAUUGGAACUCUGGCACAGCAUGGAUGGGGGAGUUCAAGUUGGGAUCAGCCACUCAUCGACAACCUGUGCAGAACGAGGAUGUCAAGGUUCUCUCCACAGGCUGGGUGGAUAUUGCGGCUACGGCUCGUGCGCUUGGGGUGUGUGUCGACCUCGCCCUCAGUGUGAAGAUUCUCAAGGGCAGCAAACGGGAGCCUCCAAAGACGUCAAAAGGCUAUGUCGUGGAUUGGCUUCUUGGAAUUUGGGUGGUCAGGCUCUGUCUAAGACAGAUCUGGUUGCUGGGGAUCUUGAUCUCCUUACAGUGCAAGAAGUACCGCGUGGUGAAGAAGGGUGGAGUGAAGAGAGUACCGAUGCCUUUGUGUGGUUGUGCCAUCGUAGUGAAGUUCAAUGGAGAGGAGUUGGGGUUGCAAUUUCGCAUGACCUCUUUGACUGCACGACAGAUCGGAUCAGUUGUCGGUAUGGUGCAGCGUGGGUGGUUCGACUACGUGGGGCUCGUCGCUUUGUCCUUGGGUCGUUGCAUCUCCCUACGGGUGAAGAUGCUCAAGGGUUGGCAUGAGGACCUGCCUUGUUUGGUGGGUGUCGACGCCAACGCUGAACUUGUUUGGAAUCGUGCACACUCGAGAUCGGUGGAGGAUGAUGUGGGUGUCCAAUCCAAUGCUAAGGUGGAUAAGCUGCUUGAGAUGACUGCUGCGCUCCGCCUACGCAUGGUUGCGCCGCGAAUGCCGGAUCGCUGGACUCCCACGCACUAUCCCAGAGAUGAAUCUCGUGAGGGACGUCACAUUGACUGCAUUCUGGUCAGGGGUGUUGCUGCCUCGGACGUUAUAGUUGACGCCGACAUCAGACUGCACAUUAACACUGACCAUGCCAUGCUUCGCUUGGUUGCCGAGCUUCAGAAAACGCGGGGUGGUCAAUGGAUUGAAAGCAGAGCAAGGUGGGUGCAUUGCCCGGAUGCCCUUUUUGAGCCUAGAGAGUGGGAGGAUGUUAAGAACAUGGCGAUCCAUGCGACCAGGCCUUCUACCAAGUAUCGUGACGGACCUGAAGUACUUGCUCUCAUUGCCGCUGCUCGCAGUUGUCGUGGGUUUGCGGCCAAGGAAGGGUGGAAACGUGUGCAUCGUGAGAGGCGUAAGAUGAGGCGAGAAUGGCAGCGAGCUCGAGUACAGCGCAUCUUGGGUGGUGACUGGUCUGCCUACAGACAACUUAAACGUGAGCAAAACAAGCUCAACUGGUGGGGGCGUCUCAUGGAAAAGAAGUCUUCUGCAGAGGUGGGUCGUGAAGUCACUGCCCAUUUGGAGGCGAAACUACAUGAUAAUGCCCUUGACUGGCAUGGUGAAUUGGAGAAGAGGGUGGCAGCUCUACGUUGUCAUGAUAAUGACUUCAUCCCUAUACAACCUGACGAAGUGGGGCGUGCGCUUGCACCUAUGCGUGCUAAUGCUGCACUUGGACCAGACAAGAUUGGGGUGGAUCUUCUCCGACAUCUUCUUGACUGUGCGCCAGCAGCCAUUACGCGUCUCUUCAACGAGAUCCUGUAUUCGGGUGUACUGCCGUGCGACUGGGGUGUUUCACUGCUUGCGUUGCUCCCUAAGACACAAUGGCCGAAAGGGGUGUCUGAGUUGCGCCCGAUUGCUAUGUCAUCUGCCGCUAUGAAGACUCUGUCGCGCAUCGUCAUGGGGCGUUCCUUUGAUGCAUUGCGGUUGUCUUCGCCUUGGUCAUGUGCAGGACAAGGCCGGGGAUGUGCCGAUAUGCAUGGCGCGUUUGGGCGCCUCAGAGACAUGACGCGUGAGUGGCGAAUGGGUGUCAUCGCUGUAAAGCUCGACAUUAAAGGGGCGUUUGACAACAUCAGUCGUGGUGCCGUUGCGGAUUAUCUCUCACAGCAUCUUGGCGCUUCCUUUGAACUGCGUUUUCUCCUGCGCCUCUUGGAUGACAAUGUUCUACAAGGAUGUGCGCCUGGUGGGGCUGGGGUGUCCAUCCACAGCAAUCGUGGGAUCCGUCAGGGUUCUCCUGAGUCGGCAGAACUGUUUGGCCUUAUCGUGGCAAAGAUCAUCUCUGACCUUAAGCAAAAUGAUAAUUGGCGGUGUCCUGCGGGGUGUCUUCAUGAUAUUCCCGCAGAUGUGGGUUGCUACCAAGAUGACAUCUUCGUGUGGGGUGAAAAUCCGCGAUGGAUCUCACAUAACAUCAAACUCAUCUCGGACGAGCUGCACGAGGUUGGCCUUGCAUUGGCUGGGAACAAGACCAGCGUCAUUGCUUCCAAGUACUACAAAGGAGUGAGAUAUCUUGACAUUGCGGGGGAGCGCGUGGAUUUUCUCCCCGUUGGCAGCUCGCUCAGGGUGUUGGGCUUGGAUUUUGACCUGGAUGCUUCCCCCAGUCAGCAGGCUAAGGAGAUCAUGAGUCGUGUUUGGUCUGCCUUUCACAGCAACAAGGUCGUUCUCUGUGGUGUUGGAUCCCGUAAACAGAAGGCCAGCAUGGUGUGCAAGCUGGUGGAUGGAUGUUGGAGUUGGUGCGCUGGCGCCCUGCAUUGGGAAGCUAAUGACCUCCAGAGCAUGAACUCCAUCCAGCUUCGUAUUUUACGGUUGUGCUUUGGAUGUAAGCGGGGUUCACACGAGGAUUGGGUGUCAUACAACUCUCGGUCCCUGCGGGAUGUUCGUGAUUGGUUGCAUCGUGCCGGGGGGGAGCGUUGGAGUACGAAGAUUUUGAGGCUCCAAUUUCAAUUGAUGGGACAUUGGACUCGCAGAGAUGAGGGAGGAACACAAUGCCUGCCAAUUCGCCUACACGGUUGGAGAAAUCUCGCAUGGUGGCAGGGUGUGCAGAAAAUCAGUCCCCGCGCGGGGGGUGUUCGGCAUCCUAGAUGCUUUAAGGCAUCGAGUGUUGAGAGGAACUUCGCUACAGUGAUAGGGGUGGCGUGGCAGUCGGCCUGCUACAAUCGGGCGGGGUGGAAGCAGCUUCUUCAACUUUGGUUACAGUCUAUGGAUGUGCCGUGGUGUCGAGGACGCCAACUUGCACUUUGCUACUAG